AAUGGACAAACGGUUCUUGCUUUUCCUCGCGUGCGCACUGUUGCAUGAAAUUAAUGCCGGUAAAACACAGGAUGUUCAAUUAGACGAACUGACGGCAGACGUGGUUUCCGACUUUGUAAUGUCAGUGGAGUUCAGCAGCGCGCGCUCUGUGUGCAGGCCCGUACCGAGUGACAUACUCUGCCGUGGAAUUGGGUAGGCGCACAUGCGGCUUCCCACGCUGCUUGGCCAUGAGAGCGCGCGUGAAACGGUGCAACAAUCUGGCGCGUGGCUGCCUCUGGUCAAUAAACGGUGUCACCAAGACACCACCCGGUUCCUGUUCGCCCCCGCGUGCCUGUCGGACAUGCCCGUGCGCCCGUGCAGGAACCUAUGCGAGAACAAGCGCAACGCGUGUGCGCCUGUCAUGAACGCUUUUGGUUUUCCGUGGCCGGACGCGUUUAACUGUAGCCGCUUCCCUGAAUUUAAUUCCACACUGUGCGUUCCUGGAAGUGAGGACUCCAGGCGCAGCCAACUGGAGGUUCUUGACAAAGGUAAGGCGUUGUGUGAUGCCUGCAGCCCAGAAUCCGAGGUAGAAAAGGAGAUUGAGGAAAACUUCUGCAGAAGUCAGUUUGCAUUCAGACUUCAGAUUGGUUCCUCGUCGCUGGAGGGCGGGGACCUACGGUUAGAACCUCAGGGGCGGAGUCGGGUCUUGCGUUGGGAAGGUGGAGAGGAGGAGCAACAGGUGGCAAUGCAGCAGAGCGCCCUCUGGCUGACAAACGCCGCUAACUGUUCAUGUUAGGCGCUGGAGGGCCGGAGUCUUGGUCCACUACUGGCAGUGGGAAACAUGGAGGGUGGACGCAUUGUUCUCUCCCGACUUGUGAAAUGGCCUCACCACGAGAAAGAGCUAAAAAGGUUUAUAAGGAAAUUGAGCAAGAAGCCAUGCUGAAAUUCCUACAAAUAAUUGUAGAAUUUUUUCUAGUGGUGUG